UCCAUUAUAUUUUCAUGUCACAAAACUCUUCAGUCUGUUCAACACUUGUUCUUAUUUACUCCACGUUAUUUGAAACGAAACAAUGAAGUCUCUUAACUUUGAUAACUUUAAUGCCUGCUAAAAUGUGAACAUUUCAUGGAAGUAUCCAGGCUUGUGGCAGUGAAACAUGGACCCAACAACAGGGCCUUUAUUGGGGUUCUAUGACUAUGAUCUUUUGGUUAUAGGAGGUGGCUCAGGAGGCCUGGCAGCAGCGAAGGUAGCUGCUGGGUUGAGGAAAAAAGUGCUUAUCCUUGACCUCAUGGCCCCCUCUGCAAGAGGCAUCAAAAGGGGACUUGGAGGUUCGAGUUUCAACGCAGACAGCAUCAGGAAAUAUCUGCAGCAGACAUCACUGCUGGGAAUAGCUAUCAAUGACUCUCAAAUGUAUGGCUGGAAGUUCAAAGAGGAGGUGUCUCAUGGCUGGAGUGAUCUGGUGCAGGCUGUUCAGGAGCAAGUCAAGUCAAGCACUGUAGAGCUAAAAAGGGAGCUGAAGAGCUGUGGUGUCAUUUACUUGAACGCCUGGGGUGUGAUAGUUGGACCUCAUACUGUUGAGGUGACAGAAACAAAUGGGAGGAAAAGGUGUCUCACUGCAGAAACCUUGCUCAUUGCUACAGGAGACCGACCUCAGUAUCUGGGCAUACCUGGAGACAAGGAGUACUGCCUAACCAGCGAAGAUCUUCCCUCCCUGCAUCACCCCCCAGGUCGAACCCUGGUGGUAGGCGGGUCUGCUGAAGGGCUGGAAUGGGCUGGCUUUCUGUUCGGUCUUGGAAUGUCAGUCACCGUCAUGCUGCAGCCCGACCUCCUUCCAGGGUUCGAUUGCAAAAUGGCAGAGAAGAUAGAAAACCAUAUGAUAGUUGGAGGAGUGAACUUUCUUUAUCAUUGUUCACUUACUAAGGUGAAGCAGACUGAGGAUGUCAUAUCAGCUCCACCACAGCAUCUUUCUAAGGGGAGACUUCAAGUAACCGUGAUGUACAAGGAUGGUCAAACUAAACACGAAGACUUUGAUACAGUUUGUCAUCUUUUUUUUCUCUUCCUCCAACAUUACCCCCAUCAAGAUCAGCAGCAGCCUCAUAUUUACAUUUGUGUGGCUGUUGUCUGCAGGUGCUGCUCACUGUUGGAAGGAAAGCAUGCACCAGCGACAUCGGUCUGGAGUGUGUCGGGGUGCAGUGCAGCCAAGAGUAUGCUCCAUUUUUCUGGAUGUUGUUCUGAGCCCAGGUUUUGUGCACAGCAGUUGCUGUUUAACUGUUGCAUGUUUUUAUGUGUGCGUAGCACUGGCAGGAUCCUGGUGAAUGAAAGAGAUCAGACCAACAUAGAUUAUAUUUAUGCCGUUGGGUCAGUGCAGCAUGGACACCCUGCAACCACAGGCCUGUCAGUUCAUGCUGGGAGGCUGUUGGCCCGGAGACUCUAUGGAGGAGAGAGCAUCUUGUUUUUUUAUUCACAGUGUGAUUACACCAACGUACCCACUGUUAUGCUCACACCCCUGGAGUAUGCUGCCUGUGGUCUAACGGAGGAGAAAGCCAAUCUAACAUUUGGAGAAAAUAGCAUUGAGGUGUAUCACAGCUUCUACUGGCCCAUGGAGUGGACUCUCCCUUCAAGACAUAAAAACUCUUGCUAUGUUAAAGUCAUCUGCCACAUCCCUGAACAGGAGCGUGUGGUCGGGCUUCAUAUCAUGGGACCAAAUGCUGGAGAUGUGCUCCAAGGUUUUGUGACUGCAAUGAAAUGUGGUCUUACCAAACAACAGCUUGAUGCCACAGUGGGCAUACACCCCGGAUCUGCCCAGGUGCUCACCUCGUUGAACCAAACCCGGCGUAUGACUGAUGCUCUGAUGCUGAGGGGAAACUGCUGAGGGUAGCUCCCCGCUGUCAGUCACAGUUGGCCAUGGCAACUGUUAGACGACAGCAGGGGAGGACAUAAGUAGUGACAGUAGCAGGACAGUCAGCUGACUAUCCAAUGGCGUCUUCACCUGAAGCCUGACAGACAGGCAGGCGAGGACUGAUGACCUGCUACUGACACAAUCCUUGUUUGUUUGCAUUUUCAUGAAAUAUUUGUGUUUUCAAAUGUACAGUUCCACUGAUGCUCUCCAAGGUUCUGUCUCUAAAAGCAAAGUUUCUUUUUUUGUCUUUUGAAACCUAAUUUUUGGGACCUUUUUUCAUUUGAGAAAGAAGAAUUACAAAGAGGGCCCUGUAGCAGAGUUUUAAAGGCUGUAAAGGGAUGAUAAGACUUUGGGAUUUGAGACAUUUACAUGGCAAAUGAUCUGGCUCAGACUCUGCUUUUAUGACUAAGGCACAAGCCUCAGGGGCUCAUCCUUAAUUUCAUGUAAUGAGCUAGUUGAGGAUUAAGGAAUUAAACAAAUUAAUAGUACUUAUUGGUGAAUUUUUCUCGCUGACAUUCAUGCGUAUGUUCCCUUUAUCAUAACGUUAGGCAGGAAUUUCUGACAUUUUGCCUUGAUCUUUCUUUUUUCUUCCUUUAUAUUCUCUGUCUAACAUCGUCAAGUUCAACGUCUGCCUUGAAACAACUGUUGAAUAUUCAUGGUGGUCAUUAAGUGCUGUGUCUCAUACAAAUGAAAGAGGAACUGUAGGGAAGAUAUUUCUUAAAAGCUUGUCUUUGACCCUCAAAGUUCCCGUAGCUCUGCACUCUGCAUUUAGAUUGAAAAAUGUUCAUUUGUGAGCAGAAUGUGUCAUGUGCAAUUGUAAUUUUGCAACUACAGUAUUUUGCCGCUUGUAAUGAGUGCAUACGCUCCCAUCCCUCCAUUUUAAUGUCUGUACUGUUGUGCAAUGUGCUGUUGCUUGCUGAAAAUGGUGUCAAAGUUAUUAGAUGCAAAUUGACAUGUAGGCCACCUGACAGUUUUUGUUUUCCUCCUACUUGUGUAAGAAGACAGAUGUCCUAAUUU